AGUUCGAGAAGCUAAGAUAGACGUAGGGAGAACGCCAGGAAUGUUCUAAUUAUAUGAUGUAAAGUUACGUUUUAUGGAUCUGACUUAAAGUUCUAGUAUAGAUGAUCCCACUGAUGAGGAAAUUUUCAGUAGCUACAGCUUUUUUUGGAGUUCGUGGAAUAGUGAAUAUGGCCUGGAAUUCUCAUGGAAGAAACAAUGCAGAGAUGGUUCAGAACUUGAAAAAAAAUGGGAUAAUUCACAGUGAAAUAGUGGAAAGAAUAAUGUUGUCUGUAGAUAGAGCCCAUUACUGCAAAAAUAAUCCCUAUGUGGAUUCUCCUCAAGGAAUAGGGUAUGCUGUCACUAUAAGUGCCCCUCAUAUGCAUGCUUAUGGCUUGGAGCUACUGAAGGACCACCUAUAUGAAGGUGCCAGAGCGUUAGAUGUAGGUUCAGGAAGUGGCUACCUCACUGCUUGCAUGGCACUGAUGGUUGGUGAGACAGGAUUGGCUGUAGGUAUUGAUCACAUAAAAGACCUGGUGACUAUGUCAGAAGAAAACAUCAAGAAAGAUAAACCACAUUUGUUAGAAUCUGGAAGAAUCAAAAUGAUUGUUGGUGAUGGAAGAAAAGGUUAUCCAAGUGAAGGUCCCUACAGUGCAAUCCAUGUUGGUGCAGCUGCUGCUCAGCUACCAGAUGAUCUGGUUGCACAACUUAAACCUGGUGGUCGACUAAUAGUACCUGUGGGAAAAGAACAUCAUAAUCAACUUUUAGAGCAAAUAGAUAAAUUACCUAGUGGAGAGAUUAAGAAGAAAUCUUUGAUGGGUGUAAUUUAUGUACCUUUAACAGAUAAAGAAGCACAGUGGCCUCGAAAAUAAAAUACUCAAGAAACCAGUUCCAGCAUGAGUUGUUUUCAGCUUCUAUUGUAUACACUAUUAGAAAGAUAAAAAUUACUUUAUAGAAAAGUGCCUCAUAGAAUGGCUGUCUCUGUGUUCUAUUUUCUUAUCCUCGGCUUCAAUCCUCUUGAUGAUCCAAGUUUGUUUGUUUUUUCAAGUUUAUUGUUUAAGGGCAGUUAAACACUUGUUUCAGUUGUUUGAACAAAAAUCUUAGAACUUACUCUUGAAGUAAAUACUACUUCCAAAAAAUAUAAAAAUACAAUUAUGUUGCCAAGUUUUAAAGGUAACCAAUUUUUAUGAAGUAUGUAUUUGUUUUAAUAAGUUCAGCUAUUUUGGAAAAAUGUUGCAUCUUUCACAUUGUUGAAAUUAUACUACAUUAUUUGAAAAUAAAUAAUAUA